GUUCUGACCCUCCCUUUUCCAGCAUCGUGCAGAGGCUGUGGUUCCGGAGCGCAUGGCGCAAAUGACCCGACAUAUCCAGCAGCGUGACUUCGAGGCUUUCGCGGAGCUCACGAUGAAAGACAGCAACCAGUUCCACGCCACCUGCCUGGACACCUUCCCACCCAUCUUCUAUCUCAAUGACGUCUCCAAGCGAGUGAUAGCUCUCGUCCACCGUUUCAACGCACACUACGGCAAGACCAAGGUGGGCUAUACCUUUGACGCUGGCCCCAACGCGGUUCUCUUUGCCCUGGAAGACACUGUGGGGGAGCUUGUGGAGGUGGUCAAGCGCAGCUUCCCUCCGGACAACAACGGAGGCCAGUUCCUGAAAGGCCUGCCGGUGAAAGGAACUUCCCUGUCUGACGAACUUCUUUCGGCUGUGGUGAGAGAUCCAGCCCCAGGGGUAAUCCAGUACUUGCUGCUCACCAAGCCUGGGCCUGGGCCGAUGCCAGCGGAGGACGCCAGCAGUCAUCUCCUUGGAUCAGACGGACUCCCCCGAAGCAGCUGCUGAGCAAAUCGUGCGCUGUUUGUGGGCCUACACCAAGCACGUGGAUGGAAUCCAGGCGACAGGGCUUGAAAUACCUGUCCAAAAUGAUGUGUGGGUUUUGCGUAUAAAGGGUGGUGAGAGGUCGUGGGGGAAAAGCAUCUUGGGGACGAAGAUCUGGGGUUUUCCCAGACUGUGGAGACAGGGGUUUAUAUGGACGUUAUUUGCAUAACAAACGUCUCCCUUGCCUUUAUGUGCCUGAUAAGAGUUCUGGCAGGGCCUGAUCUUUGCACGAAGGGCAGCUCUGGCUUCCGUUUCCUUUCUGCCCUUUUCUGAGCUUUGUUUUGUGGGGGGAGAUGUAGAAUUUCCACUAAUCAGGAGCGGGCUGCAGGUCGCUGGGGCCUACUGGUAGACCGUGGGCCGAUUUCCGAUGACGAGCCAGCAAAUACUCAGGAUUCCUGCAAUAAAUGCUAACCCAGACAGGCCUUGCUCCACUCCACUCCAGCAAGGCAGUGGUUUACUCUUUCAGGAGCUCCCCAUCACUUCACAGCUAUGGCACACCUGAGGGGUCUUGCGUUGGCAUAUUUGCUUUGUAUAUCGAACACGAAAGGCCGUGGAAGGGAGGCAGAGCCCUGGUUUAAAAAAAUGGGAUGAUGCAGAAUCGCAGUGGACCAUUUUGACCCAGUUAGGGCAGCCUCGGGCUGACAAUGACUUGCUGGAGAAAAGAUCAGCCGUUGCAACAUUCUCCAAGGGGUGAUGGUCAUGACGGCCCAGGCUGCGCUCUGAUGUUGCAGCAAGAAAAAAAUGUGCACAAAGGCAGCUUCUUGCUGGGCCGAAGCUCACUUCCUUAAUGGGGGACGGAUGCGGACGUGCUGUCUCUGAAUGAUGCCACAGCGCCACGUGUGGCAGAAGGGACUUUUCAGCAGUUUGGAGUUUCCUGAGUUGUCUCUCCUGCUGUUCUCCCCAGACGUGUGCUUUUAUUUUUGGCACAAACUUUGCAUAUAAUGUUCCUACUUCCUGGCUGUCUUUUCGUUUUUAAUUGACCAUUAAAAAAAGAAAGAAA